AUGGACCAGUCCACUAAAUGGGGUCAGCCCUAAUGUCAUAUUUACUGGCCUGAUUUCUUUCUGUUUACUCUCUUGCCGUGGGAAACGAGAUCCUUGUCAUGCGCUCAGAAAUAGUCUAGCUUCUGACCUUCUUGUUUGCUUUCUGGAAUGUGAACUAUUUUCUUUUUAACCAUGCUAUCUCCUUGUUGGUUCCCAGACUAAGGACUCACCAUGACGCUGAAGGUCAAGCUGAGCUUUGUUUAACCAUGCUAUCUCCUUGUCGGUUCCCAGACUAAGGACUCACCAUGACGCCGAAGGUCAAGCUGAGCUUUGUUUAACCAUGCUAUCUCCUUGUUGGUUCCCAGACUAAGGACUCACCAUGACGCUGAAGGUCAAGCUGAGCUUUGUUUAACCAUGCUAUCUCCUUGUUGGUUCCCAGACUAAGGACUCACCAUGACGCUGAAGGUCAAGCUGAGCUUUGUUUAACCAUGCUAUCUCCUUGUUGGUUCCCAGACUAAGGACUCACCAUGACGCCGAAGGUCAAGCUGAGCUUUGUUUAACCAUGCUAUCUCCUUGUUGGUUCCCAGACUAAGGACUCACCAUGACGCCGAAGGUCAAGCUGAGCUUUGUUUAACCAUGCUAUCUCCUUGUUGGUUCCCAGACUAAGGACUCACCAUGACGCUGAAGGUCAAGCUGAGCUUUGUUUAACCAUGCUAUCUCCUUGUUGGUUCCCAGACUAAGGACUCACCAUGACGCUGAAGGUCAAGCUGAGCUUUGUUUAACCAUGCUAUCUCCUUGUUGGUUCCCAGACUAAGGACUCACCAUGACGCUGAAGGUCAAGCUGAGCUUUGUUUAACCAUGCUAUCUCCUUGUUGGUUCCCAGACUAAGGACUCACCAUGACGCUGAAGGUCAAGCUGAGCUUUGUUUAACCAUGCUAUCUCCUUGUUGGUUCCCAGACUAAGGACUCACCAUGACGCUGAAGGUCAAGCUGAGCUUUGUUUAACCAUGCUAUCUCCUUGUUGGUUCCCAGACUAAGGACUCACCAUGACGCCGAAGGUCAAGCUGAGCUUUGUUUAACCAUGCUAUCUCCUUGUUGGUUCCCAGACUAAGGACUCACCAUGACGCCGAAGGUCAAGCUGAGCUUUGUUUAACCAUGCUAUCUCCUUGUUGGUUCCCAGACUAAGGACUCACCAUGACGCCGAAGGUCAAGCUGAGCUUUGUUUAACCAUGCUAUCUCCUUGUUGGUUCCCAGACUAAGGACUCACCAUGACGCUGAAGGUCAAGCUGAGCUCAGUAUGUCUGGGUGUGGAGGGGAUGACCUGUGGUUCCUGUGUUCAGUCUAUAGAGCAGCGAAUUGGGGGUCUGCCUGGAGUCGUACACAUCAAGGUGGGUCCGGGACACAUAUAGGGACUCUAGUCAGCAUGAUUUUUAGUCCAGGACUAGGCGCAGUCUGGGCCCGGGAAACUGGCCCAGUAUGUUUAACAGGUGUAUAACAACUUUACUGUGUAACACAGAAAUGUGUUAGGCUAUAUCCUACACAUCCAAUUGAUUUUAAAGGAUCUGAAUGAUGUUUUCACCCUUAAACCUUUGUGUUCAUUAAUGUCACCUUUUGAACUUUCGAACAGAAUGUCUUCAAACUGCCAAGUCUGCAUUUCCAACAUAGACUUGACACCAUUGCACAAUUUCCAGAGAUUUAAAAUAACUGAGUUUGCUUUAAAAAAAAAAAAAAAAAACUAGAUGUGAAACUAACUAGUUAGAAUUGAGAAAGCAGCAAAAACACUUCCCAUUUAUCUGUUACCAACCUUCAUUUUAAUUUCAUUUGACAAAUGUCACCCAACUCAAUAUCCAGGCUAAUUUCCAGGGUACGUCCCAAAUGGCACCCUAUUCCCUACAUAAUGCACUACUUUUAACCAGGGCCCAUAGGUUCGACUAUUUAGGGAAAAGGGUGCCAUUUGGGAUGCAACCCCAGCCUCCUCCUCCUCCUCUCCCCUCAGGGGAUGGCUGGUUUAUAUAGCUUAAUUGAAGAUAAACAGUGAUCCGUAAUUCCGUGUAGCAGCUUUAGGAACGUUCUAGAUGGCAGUAAAUGUGGCCUUCUCUCUGUGUGUUUACCCCUCAGGCACAAGUGAAGUGAGGAUAUAAUGUAAUGGUGUUGUUCCUGACAGAGAGCUGGUCUUUACAGGACUGUCAUUGUGGGUCGAUAACUGGCUGGAGGGUAGCAGACGGCGGAUGGGACAUGUCAUUUUUAAUUUUUAAUUUAUUUAACCUUUAUUUAACCAGGCAAGUCCGUUAAGAACAAAUUCUUAUUUACAAUGACGGCCUACACCGACCAAACCAGGACGACACUGGGCCAAUCACGGCCUUAGACCGCUGCGCCACUCGGGAGCCCAUUAAUUAAUUCCUUAAAGGGGGACGUUAUUGUAAAGAACGGUACAUGGCCUUUCUUUAAGGUAGAAUAGAUUUCUGUUGCACGUGGACUUUAGGUCUAUAGGAUCUUUCUUUUUUUUUUAAACUAGUGUCAAAGUUAAAGGAAACUGUAUUAGGAAAGGACAGUCUCUCUCUCUCACUUUCACUCUCGCUCUCCCUGACACACACACCUAGGAAAACAUAGAUAAUAUCUGGCACGUGCACACACACUUCCCCUCCUGUGUUUUUUAACUUGCAGUUCAGUCAGGGCUGAGUGGUCAGGUGAUGUGCGUCAGUUAAUCACAAGUUUCCCUGUGUGUGUGUGUGUGUGUGUGUGUGUUAGAGAGACAGUGUGAUAGAGAGAGCAAUAGGUUCAUUAUAUUGCUACUAGAACAUGCCGGAAGCUUCCGAGGCCAAUGCACUCCUCUCCUGUAUAUAUACAUUGUACAACGUCAUUGAUCGGAUAAUAAGCCUGUUGUGUAAGCUGAGGUGUAUGUCCAUGUGUCUCUGUCAGGUCACUCUUUCCUGGAACGCUAUGCCUGGCGUUCUUCCUGAUCAUGUGACCCGACCAUGGAAAAAAAAACGGCCCCUGGUUGUAGGCUAUAACCUGGGGUCUGGAGUUUGGCUUUAUCCAUUGUGUGCACAAGGAUUAUCUUCAGACUACUUGUUUAUGUGGAAUAGAUUUGAUGUCCUAUUGAUCGUUGCUUAGUAACUGUGUAGUAACCCUCUCAGUGUACGUGAUUACUGCCCAUGUCGUGAAUCUCAGAAUCGUGCUGAUUUACGUCGUAACCAUGACAUGACAAUUCCAUGGCUAUGAAUGACUGCACGUCUCCAUGGCAUAGUUUUAGAACAGCCAUAUAAUUCUGUUUAGUUUCAAGGCCUUGUUUUAGAAACUGCAUUACUGUACAUUGGAAUUACACUGUCGCUUCUGUUGAUACAGUAUUAAGUGUUUUAAUUAUUCCCCGUUUGUUUGACAUACAUAUUUUCUGAUAGGUGUCUCUGGAGCUGAAGAAUGCCAGCAUCAUCUUCGACCACAGCCGUCACACCCCAGAGUCCCUGGCGGAGGCCAUCGAGGACAUGGGGUUUGACUCCAUCCUCUCAGACUCUACCACAGUCUCCGCGGUCCCCACGGACACCCAGCUGGUCCCCACCCCAGCCCUUCUCACUCCCGAGGCCCAACAGGAGGCUCUGGCCAGGCUUGCUCAGCUCCAGGGGGUCCUGGAGGUCCAGGAGAACAAGGACCAGAGGGGGGUGUCCGUUACCUUCAUCCCUACCCUGAUCGGUGCACUGCAGCUGGGGGAGGUGGUUAGUAGCUUGGUCCCCCUCCUGGAGGCCGCUACAUCCAGUAGUGCUACAAAGGAAACCCUAGCCUCAGUCCCAGCCCCUGCCACAGUGUCAGCCCCUGUCCCAGCCACAGUCACAGUGUCAGCCCCUGUCCCAGCCCCAGUCACAGUGUCAGCCCCUGUCCCAGCCACAGUCACAGUGUCAGCCCCAGCCACAUCCUCACAGCCUCAGUUGGUGAAGAUGCGCAUCGAAGGCAUGGUCUGUCUGUCCUGCACCACCACCAUCGAAGGGAAGAUUGGCAAACUCAAAGGAGUUGAGAAAAUCAAAGGUGACUUAGUAUUGCGUAGUAGUCAUUAUCAUUUGAUUGUGACUCAUUGAGUUCUGACCAAGUGUAGUGCUGACCUGGUUACAGGUCCAAUGCAGCCGUCUUUUAUCUCAAUAUCAAAUCAUUUCUGGGUAACAAUGAAGUACCUUACUGUGAUUGUUUUCAAUUUAAAUGGUCAAAAAGAAACAAAAAUAGCUUCUUAACAAAGAGCAAUUUCUCAAGCAUGAUUUUUGUUAGAACUGUCUGGGAGUGGUCUGAGUGAGGAGGGGGAAACUGAAAACUAGCUGUUAUUGGCAGAGAGGUUUGGAACUCUUUCUUAUUGGUCUAUUAACAAAUUUACCACCUAGUGAUGUCACCAGGCAGUCCAAAAUUCCUUCCCACCAAAACAGGCAGAAAGGCGGCCUUUUCAAACAGCUCUUUUCACAAUUUCACAGUAUUAUUCCAACCUCAUAGUGUGGAAAUAUACAGUACCAGUCAAAAGUUUGGACACACCUACUCAUUCAAGGGUUUUUCUUUAUUUUUACAUUGUAGAAUAAUAGUGAAGACAUCAAAACUAUGAAAUGACACAUAUGGAAUCAUGUAGUAACCAAAAAAGUGUUAAACAAAUCAAAAUAUAUUUUAUAUUUUAGAAUCUUCAAAGUAGCCACCCUUUGCUUUGAUGACAGCUUUGCACACUCUUGGCAUUCUCUCAACCAGCUUUACCUGGAAUGCUUUUCCAACAGUCUUGAAGGAGUUCCCACAUAUGCUGAGCACUUGUUGGCUGCUUUUCCUUCACUCUGCGGUCCAACUCAUCCCAAACCAUCUCAAUUGGGUUGAGGUCGAUUGAUUGUGGAGGCCAGGUCAUCUGAUUCAGCACUCCAUCACUCUCCUUCUUGGUCAAAUAGCCCUUACACAGCCUGGAGGAGUGUUGGGUCAUUGUCCUGUUGAAAACAAAUUAUAGUCCCAUUAAGCGCAAAUCAGAUUGGAUGGCGUAUUACUGCAGAAUGCUGUGGUAGCCAUGUUGGUUAAGUGUGCCUUGAAUUCUAAAUAAAUCACAGACAGUGUCACCAGCAAAGCACCCCUACACCAUAACAGCUCCUCCUCCAUGCUUCACGGUGUGAACCACAGAUGCAGUGAUCAUUCGUUCACCUACUCUGCGUCUUACAAAGACACGGCGGUUGGAACCAAAAAUCUCACAUUUGGACAUAUCAGACGAAAGGACAAAUUUCCACCGGUCUAAUGUCCAUUGCUCGUGUUUCUUGGCCCAAGAAAGUAUCUUCUUAUUGGUGUCCUUUAGUAGUGGUUUCUUUGCAGCAAUUCACCCAUAAAGGCCUGAUUCACACAGUCUCCUCUGAACAGUUGAUGUUGAGAUGUACAGUGGGGAGAACAAGUAUUUGAUACACUGCUGAUUUUGCAGGUUUUCCUACUUACAAAGCAUGUAGAGGUCUGUAAUUUUUUAUCAUAGGUACACUUCAACUGUGAGAGACUGAAUCUAAAACAAAAAUCCUGAAAAUCACAUUGUAUGAUUUUUAAGUAAUUAAUUUGCAUUUUAUUGCAUGACAUAAGUAUUUGAUACAUCAGAAAAGCAGAACUUAAUAUUUGGUACAGAAACCUUUGUUUACAAUUACAGAGAUCAUACAUUUCCUGUAGGUCUUGACCAGGUUUGCACACACUGCAUCAGGGAUUUUGGCCCACUCCUCCAUACAGACCUUCUCCAGAUCCUUCAGGUUUCGGGGCUGUCGCUGGGCAAUACAGACUUUCAGCUCCCUCCAAAGAUGUUCUAUUGGGUUCAGGUCUGGAGACUGGCUAGGCCACUCCAGGACCUUGAGAUGCUUCUUACGGAGCCACGGAGCCAAGGUUGUUGGCCAAGAUCUCGCGAUACAUGGCCCCAUCCAUCCUCCCCUCAGUACGGUGCAGUCGUCCUGUCCCCUUUGCAGAAAAGCAUCCCCAAAGAAUGAUGUUUCCACCUCCAUGCUUCACGGUUGGGAUGGUGUUCUUGGGGUUGUACUCAUCCUUCUUCCUCCAAACACGGCGAGUGGAGUUUAGACCAAAAAGCUAUAUUUUUGUCUCAUCAGACCACAUGACCUUCUCCCAUUCCUCCUCUGGAUCAUCCAGAUGGUCAUUGGCAAACUUCAGACGGGCCUGGACAUGCGCUGGCUUGAGUACAAAGAAAACCUGCAGGAUUUUAAUACAUGACGGCGUAGUGUGUUACUAAUGGUUUUCUUUGAGACUGUGGUCCCAGCUCUCUUCAGGUCAUUGACCAGGUCCUGCCGUGUAGUUCUGGACUGAUCCCUCACCUUCCUCAUGAUCAUUGAUGCCCCACGAGGUGAGAUCUUGCAUGGAGCCCCAGACCGAGGGUGAUUGACCGUCAUCUUGAACUUCUUCCAUUUUCUAAUAAUUGCACCAACAGUUGUUGCCUUCUCACCAAGCUGCUUGCCUAUUGUCCUGUAGCCCAUCCCAGCCUUGUGCAGGUCCUCAUGAGAGCCAGUUUCAUCAUAGCGCUUGAUGGUUUUUGCGACUGCACUUGAAGAAACGUUAAGUUCUUGAAAUUUUCCGUAUUGACUGACCAUGUCUUAAAGUAAUGAUGGACUGUCGUUUCUCUUUUCUUAUUUGAGCAGUUCUUGCCAUAACUGAUUGGCUCAAAUGCAUUAAGAAGGAAAUAAAUUCCACAAAUAAACUUUUAAGAAGGCACACCUGUUAAUUGAAAUGCAUUCCAGGUGACUACCUCAUGAAGCUGGUUGAGAGAAUGCCAAGAGUGUGCAAAGCUGUCAUCAAGGCAAAGGGUGGCUAUUUGAAGAAUCUUAAAUAUAACAUAUAUUUUGAUUUGUUUUACACUUUUUUGGUUACUACAUGAUUACAUAUGUGUUAUUUCAUAAUUUUGAUGUCUUCACUAUUAUUCUACAAUGUAGAAAAUAGUAAAAAUAAAGAAAAACCCUUGAAUGAGUAGGUGUGUCCAAACUUUUGACUGGUACUGUAUACAGUGCCUUGCAAAAGUAUUCAUCCCUCUUGGUGUUUUUCCUGUUUUGUUGCAUUACAACCUGUAAUUUAAAUGGAUUUGUAUUUGUAUUUCAUGUAAUGGACAUACACAAAAUAGUCCAAAUUGGUGAAGUGAAAUGAAAAAAAUAACUUGUUUCAAAACAUUAUACAAAAUAAAUAACGGAAAAGUGGUGCGUGCAUGUGUAUUGACCCUAUGAAGCCCCUAAAUAAGAUCUGGUGCAACCAAUUACAUUCAGAAGUCACAUAAUUAGUUAAAUAAAGUCCACCUGUGUGCAAUCUAAGUGUCACAUGAUCUGUCACAUGAUCUCAGUAUAUAUACACCUGUUCUGAAAGGCCCCAGAGUCUGCAACACCACUAAGCAAGGGGCACCAUGAAGACCAAGGAGCUCUCCAAACAGGUCAGGGACAAAGUUGUGGAGAAGUACAGAUCAGGGUUGGGUUAUAAAAAAUAUCCGAAACUUUGAACAUCCCACGGAGCACCAUUAAAUCCAUUAUUAAAAAAUUGAAAGAAUAUGGCACCACAACAAACCUGCCAAGAGAUGGCCGCCCACCAAAACUCACUGACCAGGCAAGGAGGGCAUUCAUCAGAGAGGCAACAAAGAGACGAAAGAUAACCCUGAAGGAGCUGCAAAGCUCCACAGCGGAGAUUGGAGUAUCUGUCCAUAGGACCACUUUAAGCCGUACAUUCCACAGAGCUGGGCUUUACGGAAGAGUGGCCAGAAAAAAGCCAUUGCUUAAAGAAAAUAAUAAGCAAACACAUUUGGUGUUCGCCAAAAGCCAUGUGGGAGACUCCCCAAACAUAUGGAAGAAGGUACUCUGGUCAGAUAAGACAAAAAUUUAGCUUUUUGGCCAUCAAGGAAAACGCUAUGUCUGGCGCAAACCCAACACCUCUCAUCACCCCGAGAACACCAUCCACACAGUGAAGGGGGAAUAGUUAUGCACGCUCAAGUUUUCUGUUUUUUUUGUCUUAUUUCUUGUUUUGCAUCUUCAAAGUGGUAGGCAUGUUGUGUAAAUCAAAUGAUACAAACCCCCCCAAAAAAUCCAUUUUAAUUCCAGGUUGUAAGGAAACAAAAUAGGAAAAAUGCCAAGGGGGGGUGAAUACUUUUGCAAGCCACUGUAUAAAACACAGGAAAAUCACGUUUUUGACUGCACUGGGCCUUUAACUGACUUGGCAUUCUAUAGCAAUGAAUUAAUAUGGGAGGUUUUAGUAGUCUAGCAUUCUCACUUAACAUUAACUUAACAGUCAGGAAUAAUCUUGAAACAAUCUCAGAAUCUCCUGUUUUUCUUUCUUCACCACUCUGUGAUACUAGGAUUCUUGGAGAUUAGAAAUGUUUCCCCUGUGUGUUCUCCCCCCCAGUGGUUCUAGACUCCCAGGAAGCCACAGUUCUCUACCUGCCGUACCUCAUCACCAUCGAUGACAUCAUCGCCCAGAUCGCCAAGGCCGGCUUCAAGGCCACACCCAAGUCCAAGCCCCGCCCCCUGCAGCUGUCCAUGGAGCGGUUGCUAAGCGCUGCCUUAUUAACCCCAGAGCCGGUGGAAUCUUCCCCCGAGGAUUCUGAGGCCUCCACAGACUCGGCCCUGACUACCCUCAGGGUGACGGGCAUGCACUGCCGCUCCUGUGUGGUAAACAUCCAGGAGAACAUCUCCAAGCUGGCUGGGGUGACCUCCAUAGAGGUAUUGUUGGAGAGAGAGCGCGCCUCCAUCCACUACGACCCAGGGAGGGUGACUGUGUCUGGGCUACAACAAGCCAUUGAGGCCCUGCCACCGGGGACGUUUAAAACCCAACCCUGGAGCUCUACUUCUGGAGGUCUUAGUCCUAUAUCCACAUCCACAACACCUAUACCUUCACCAUCCCCACCACCACCGUUGUCCCAGUCCCAGGCCGGCCUCUCCUCCCCCCAGCCCUGCUACAGCCAGCCCCUGUCGGCCACGGCCCUAAUCCAUAUAGAGGGGAUGACCUGUGGGUCCUGUGUUCAGUCCAUAGAGGGGAUGCUGUCUCAGAGGAAGGGGGUGCGGUCAGCCAAGGUGUCGUUGGCCAAUCACAGAGGGACGUUUGAGUACGACCCUCUCCUCACCCAACCAGAAGAGCUCAGGGAGGCCAUAGAGGACAUGGGAUUUAAUGCCUUCCUGCCUGGUGAGUUGAUGGGCUGAUUGUAUUAUUUUAUCCUCCUAACUAGGGUUUCAAAAUUCAGCAAACGUUCCAUACAUUCCCAGGUUUUUCAGAGAUCCUGGUUAGAGGAUUCCCUCCCUCCUGAUUCUAGGAAUCCUACAACAGGAAUUUCUGUCUCUGGUGAAGGUUCUGGAAUUUAGCAACCCUAAGCCUAAUAAUAUCUCUAGCUGUGCUGUGAAGCAAAACAAAUGAAUUUCUCUCUAUUUGUAACUCAUGUAAGCUUCCCAGAACAAUAGCUAGAGAGCAGCCAUAGAAGCAGAAUGAGAAACCGACAUGAAAUGGAUAUGAAACUCAUUGUUGCUAUGUUGUCCUUUUAGAAACCAACUCCCUGGUGACCGUCCCAGUUAUCAGUCCCCCCUCGUCCCCCUCCCUGUCCCCCGCCCCUGUCAAGGAGCUGGACUGCGACCCAGAGAGGGGCGGGGGACAGGGGGUUAAGAGGACCCCGAACACCCUAAAUGCUAAAUGCUUCAUCCAGAUUGGUGGAAUGACCUGUGCGUCCUGUGUGGCCAACAUUGAGAGGAACCUGAAGAAUGAACACGGUGAGAGGAGAUGUGAGAAUCAGGGUUGUGUUCAUUAGGGCAUGCGAUUUUGCAACGUUUUACGACCUGUUUCAGUCCGAUUUUAUUUCGUAAUAAAACACAAACCCGAUACGAACUACUGAUAGGAACUAUGGUGACGUUUUAAUAGGAACACUCUGCCAUGGAACCCGUUCUUAACAGUAGCUAGCUGUCGUAUCUGGGUGCGGAAAAGUGUCAUAAACAGUAAGAUUUACGAUGGCUGUUUUUAAGCAGCAUGGGAGGAACGUAUGUAGGAUAUUAUGAAGGAUGUGGACUUUUACCUGGUCAGGAAACCCCAGGCCUUUAGUAAAGGCUUCUAUAUUUACUGUUGUCUCCCUUGAGCAUCAACCUCAUCUAUCAGUUUGGUAGGAAGGUGAAUCAAAUGGAUAUGUUACAUUGUCCUGCGUUCUUCUGUGCAGGUAUCUACUCUGUGCUGGUGGCCCUGAUGGCUAGUAAGGCUGAGGUGCGUUAUAACCCUGAGGUGAUGGACCCUCUGAAGAUAGCAGAGUAUGUCAGAGAGUUGGGCUUCACUGCUUCUGUCAUGGAGAACUAUGAGGGUUCUGAUGGAAGCCUGGAACUGGUGGUGAGUGUUCUGAUUCUCUUCACCACACCCCGUAAUGGUGUGAUUUUGGUGUUAUGGAUGAAUCUCACAAUCAUGAUGUUUAUAGGGCUAGUGAUAUUUCCACUGUCAUAAACCACUGCCUCUGCUACCUCUUCAAUAAUCAAAUAUCUCUCUGUGUGUCUACACCUCCCUAACUGGUACCUCUUUAAUAGCACAUUCUCCCCUCCACCUCUUUCCAGGUCAGGGGAAUGACGUGUGCCUCCUGCGUUCACAAAAUUGAGUCCAGCCUGAUGAAAGAGAAGGGUAUCGUCUACGCCUCUGUUGCCCUGGCAACCAACAAAGCCCACAUCAAGUACGACCCAGAGGUGACGGGACCGAGAGACGUCAUCAAACUCAUAAAGGUACUUAAUUUUGUUUUUUCAAUCAUUCAUUCAUUUGUUUGUUUGUCCAUUCAUUUGGUCAUCCAACACCCUCUCCUCUGCCCUUCAAUUCUUCCCCAGGUUGUUGCUUUAAAUGACAAUGUGAUAUCAGUUAGUUUGCCUAGUUAGAUGUAUUUAUUCAUUCAUUUUGUCUGUUUAUCAGAACCUGGGCUUUGCGGCAUCUCUGGUGAAGAGGGAUCGCACAGGCAGUCACCUGGACCACAGCAGCGAGAUCACACAGUAAUGGAAGGGGAUGGGAGGUGUGGGAUAACAGGCUGUUUGGGUUAUUUAGACAAAUCUAUUCAUCUCUUAACACGUAUGGACCCAGAACUUAAUCGAGCAGCUGACCAAUUACGCAAUACUUUAGUUCUGGGUUAACCGAUAUUACUCUGUAUCUCUGUCUGUCUCCAUUUGCAUACCUCAUUCUUUCUCUCACCCCUCACUUCUCCCAGAUGGAGGAAGUCGUUCCUGGUCAGCCUGUUCUUCUGCGUCCCAGUCAUGGGGAUGAUGACCUACAUGAUCAUAGUAGACCACCAGAUCAGCACGUCUCACCGGCACAACGCCACCGCACCGGACCCUGAACACUACCACUCCACCAUGUUCCUGGAGAGACAGCUGCUCCCAGGCCUCUCCAUCAUGAACCUGAUCUCAUUCCUCUUCUGUGUCCCUGUACAGGUAGGAGAAAGAGAGAGGGAGAUAUAGAUGGAGGGGGAUAUGGACAGAGGGAGGCAGAGCUAAAUAGAGAGAGAUGGACAGAGGGAGAUGUAGAUGGAGGGGGAUAUGGACAGAGGGAGGGAGAGCUAAAUAGAGAGAGAUGGACAGAGAGAGGGAGAUGUAGAGAGUAUGUGGUCACCCCUUCAAAUGAGUGGAUUCGGCUAUUUCAGCCACACCCGUUGCUGACAGGUGUAUAAAAUCGAGCACACAUCCAUGCAAUUUCCAUAGACAAAGAUUGGCAGUAGAAUGGCCUUACUGAAGAGCUCAGUGACUUUCAACGUGGCAAGUCAGUUCCCUCCCUCUGCCUGUCUAUAUCUCCCUCCUUGUCUAUAUCUCCCUCCCUGUCUAUAUCUCCCUCCCUCCCUCCCUCCCUCCCUCCCUCCCUCCCUCUGUCUAUAUCUCCCUCCCUGUCUAUAUCUCCCUCCCUGUCUAUAUCUCCCUCCCCGUCUAUAUCUCCCUCCCUGUCUAUAUCUCCCUCCCUGUCUAUAUCUCCCUCCCUCCCUCCCUGUCUACAUCUCCCUCCCUGUCUACAUCUCCCUCCCUCCCUCCCUCCCUCCCUCUGCCUACAUCUCCCUCCCUCUGUCUAUACAGUGGGGGAAAAAAGUAUUUAGUCAGCCACCAAUUGUGCAAGUUCUCCCACUUAAAAAGAUGAGAGAGGCCUGUCAUUUUCAUCAUAGGUACACGUCAACUAUAACAGACAAAAUGAGAUUUUUUUUCUCCAGAAAAUCACAUUGUAGGAUUUUUAAUGAAUUUAUUUGCAAAUUAUGGUGGAAAAUAAGUAUUUGGUCAAUAACAAAAGUUUCUCAAUACUUUGUUAUAUAUCCUUUGUUGGCAAUGACACAGGUCAAAUGUUUUCUGUAAGUCUUCACAAGGUUUUCACACACUGUUGCUGGUAUUUUGGCCCAUUCCUCCAUGCAGAUCUCCUCUAGAGCAGUGAUGUUUUGGGGCUGUCGCUGGGCAACACGGACUUUCAACUCCCUCCAAAGAUUUUCUAUGGGGUUGAGAUCUGGAGACUGGCUAGGCCACUCCAGGACCUUGAAAUGCUUCUUACGAAGCCACUCCUUCGUUGCCCGGGCGGUGUGUUUGGGAUCAUUGUCAUGCUGAAAGACCCAGCCACGUUUCAUCUUCAAUGCCCUUGCUGAUGGAAGGAGGUUUUCACUCAAAAUCUCACGAUACAUGGCCCCAUUCAUUCUUUCCUUUACACGGAUCAGUCGUACCAGAAAAACAGCCCCAAAGCAUGAUGUUUCCACCCCCAUGCUUCACAGUAGGUAUGGUGUUCUUUGGAUGCAACUCAGCAUUCUUUGUCCUCCAAACACGACGAGUUGAGUUUUUACCAAAAAGUUCUAUUUUGGUUUCAUCUGACCAUAUGACAUUCUCCCAAUCCUCUUCUGGAUCAUCCAAAUGCACUCUAGCAAACGUCAGACGGGCCUGGACAUGUACUGGCUUAAGCAGGGGGACACGUCUGGCACUGCAGGAUUUGAGUCCCUGGCGGCGUAGUGUGUUACUGAUGGUAGGCUUUGUUACUUUGGUCCCAGCUCUCUGCAGGUCAUUCACUAGGUCCCCCCGUGUGGUUCUGGGAUUUCUGCUCACCGUUCUUGUGAUCAUUUUGACCCCACGGGGUGAGAUUUUGCGUGGAGCCCCAGAUCGAGGGAGAUUAUCAGUGGUCUUGUAUGUCUUCCAUUUCCUAAUAAUUGCUCCCACAGUUGAUUUCUUCAAACCAAGCUGCUUACCUAUUGCAGAUUCAGUCUUCCCAGCCUGGUGCAGGUCUACAAUUUUGUUUCUGGUGUCCUUUGACAGCUCUUUGGUCUUGGCCAUAGUGGAGUUUGGAGUGUGACUGUUUGAGGUUGUGGACAGGUGUCUUUUAUACUGAUAACAAGUUCAAACAGGUGCCAUUAAUACAGGUAACGAGUGGAGGACAGAGGAGCCCCUUAAAGAAGAAGUUACAGGUCUGUGAGAGCCAGAAAUCUUGCUUGUUUGUAGGUGACCAAAUACUUAUUUUCCACCAUAAUUUGCAAAUAAAAUCAUAAAAAAUCCUACAAUGUGAUUUUCUGGAGAAAAAAAAUCUCAAUUUGUCUGUCAUAGUUGACGUGUACUUAUGAUGAAAAUUACAGGCCUCUCUCAUCUUUUUAAGUGGGAGAACUUGCACAAUUGGUGGCUGACUAAAUACUUUUUUUCCCCACUGUAUAGACAGAGGCAGGGAGAUAUAGACAGACAGACAGCCAGACAGACAGACAGACAGGGAGGGAGAUAUAGACGGACGGACGGGAGGGAGGGAGGGAGGGAGGGAGGGUGAAAGCAGACACUUGGGACGUAUGCAGAAGAGUGCAAGGUUAUAGAACAUUCAGAUAAAAAUAUAUGAUGUAGAACAAACAAGACUAUUGAACAGAAUAGAUCAUAUCAGACUGAAUAAGCCCCUGAUUUAAAACAAGACUUAUCUUUCUAAGUAACACAAUAUUUACUUAGAUAAUAAUCACAAUUUUUGACCCAAGUGUGAAAGCCAUUUUCUAAUCAAACCUGAAAUGAAUAUUUUUCCUGAUCUAACAUUUACUCUUGUCCCAUUCCUCUCUUUAGUUUAUUGGCGGGCGUUACUUCUACACCCAGGCCUACAAGGCCCUGAAACACAGAACAGCCAACAUGGACGUGCUCAUCGUGCUGGCCACUUCCAUAGCCUUCACCUACUCCGUGGUCAUCCUCAUGGUCGCCAUGAUAGAGAGGGCAAAGGUCAACCCCAUCACCUUCUUUGACACGCCCCCCAUGCUGUUUGUCUUCAUCUCCCUGGGACGCUGGCUGGAGCAGAUCGCCAAGGUAUUGGACCUAUGUAUCUUCUACAACUUCCCAAACUCGGUCCAGGCCCCCUCCCCCGUACAGCAGUAGCACCAAAGCAUGGUGCUAUUUCUGUAGCUAGAGUACGUCUCUUUUAAUGAUAAGUUAUCCGUUUGUGUCAUCGCUAAAGUAUGCUUGUGUAUAGCUAUUGCAGCCGUACACUCCUGACCUGCUCCGUCUCCCCUCCAGAGUAAGACGUCAGAAGCUCUGUCUAAGCUGAUGUCCCUCCAGGCCAGCGAGGCGACUGUGGUCACUCUCAACACGGACAUGUCUGUCCUCAGGUACUUCACUGAAGAUCUCCUGUUUCUAGACCUGGAAUUGGAAAACCUGGGUGUUUUUUGCUCUUAACCGAAACAGUUUCUGGCACUGAGAUUAGGAGUUGGAUAAGGCAGGCUGGAGAUAUUUGACACUAUUUCAAGUGUUUUAAGUUUCAUUUCAAUGUUAAAUCCGAACUGACCGCAGGCUGACAUUGAACAUUGAAACCCUUUGAGACUUGCAUAUGGCAUAUGUCCACUGUAUUAUAAAUCAGACUACAGGCGUAUCUCUCUGUCCAAGUCAGUGUAUUAUAAAUCAGACUACAGGCGUAUCUCUCUGUCCAUGUCAGGGUAUUAUAAAUCAGACUACAGGCGUAUCUCUCUGUCCAUGUCAGGGUAUUAUAAAUCAGACUACAUGCGUAUCUCUCUGUCCAAGUCAGUGUAUUAUAAAUCAGACUACAGGCGUAUCUCUCUGUCCAAGUCAGUGUAUUAUAAAUCAGACUACAUAGGCGUAUCUCUCUGUCCAAGCAGUGUAUUAUAAAUCAGACUACAGGCGUCUCUGUCAAGUCAGUGUAUUAUAAAUCAGACUACAGGCGUAUCUCUCUGUCCAUGUCAGUGUAUUAUAAAUCAGACUACAGGCGUAUCUCUCUGUCCAUGUCAGUGUAUUAUAAAUCAGACUACAGGCGUAUCUCUCUGUCCAUGUCAGUGUAUUAUAAAUCAGACUACAGGCGUAUCUCUCUGUCCAUGUCAGUGUAUUAUAAAUCAGACUACAGGCGUAUCUCUCUGUCCAUGUCAGGGUAUUAUAAAUCAGACUACAUGCGUAUCUCUCUGUCCAAGUCAGUGUAUUAUAAAUCAGACUACAUGCGUAUCUCUCUGUCCAAGUCAGUGUAUUAUAAAUCAGACUACAUGCGUAUCUCUCUGUCCAUGUCAGUGAGGAGCAGGUAGAUGUGGAGCUGGUCCAGAGAGGAGACGUGGUCAGGGUGGUUCCCGGAGGGAAGUUCCCCGUAGAUGGGAGGGUCAUCGAGGGACACAGCAUGGCUGACGAGUCUCUCAUCACAGGUGGGUUACAGUGGAGGAUCAACUCUGAGGAUGCUGGAGAAGAUGCAUCUCAAGUCUGAAGCUUCUGAAGCUUCCUUUCCUUGUUUCCUUAACACUACUUUGAAAUGACUGUUUCUCCAAGCACGGUUAAUAUUUCUCUGUGGAACGGCACUAUUUAGGUUGUGUUCCUGGCUAGUGUCUCAUCUCGGACGUGUUUUGUGUCCCAGGUGAGGCCAUGCCAGUGACUAAGAAGCCAGGCAGCUCAGUGAUAGCUGGCUCUAUCAACCAGAACGGCUCUCUACUCAUCACUGCUACACACGUAGGCCUGGACACAACCCUGUCUCAGAUAGUCAAACUAGUGGAGGAGGCUCAGACAUCUAAGGUGAGGGGGGUGGGGAUAAUAUGUUAGCUUUUGGGUAAAUUAUCUCCUGUGUCCUGGAGUUUUAGUUGGAUAAGAUAUGUAGAUAUUUGUCAGUAUUUGCUGUUUACAGAACUGACCUUGGUCAACACAUGAUGGAGGAUUUGUCUCAGAAUACAUUUUUAACUGGUUCUGAGCAGGAAGAGCUUCACCUCUGUGACCUCGGACCUACGCUUUAACCUUUGACCUCUGUCACCUCUGACCGUUCCGCUGCAGGCUCCCAUACAGCAGUUUGCAGAUAAGAUCAGUGGUUACUUUGUCCCGUUCAUCGUUGGUAUCUCUCUCCUCACUCUGUUCGCCUGGAUCCUCAUUGGCUUUGUCGACUUUCCACUCGUGGAGAAAUAUUUCCCUGUGAGUAGCCUUUACUAUACUGAUAUCUAUAUAAAACCUUUACUAUACUGAUAUCUAUAUAAAACCUUUACUAUACUGAUAUCUAUAUAAAACCUUUACUAUACUGAUAUCUAUAUAAAACCUUGACUAUACUGAUAUCUAUAUAAAACCUUGACUAUACUGAUAUCUAUAUAAAACCUUUACUAUACUGAUAUCUAUAUAAAACCUUGACUAUACUGAUAUCUAUAUAAAACCUUGACUAUACUGAUAUCUAUAUAAAACCUUUACUAUACUGAUAUCUAUAUAAAACCUUUACUAUACUGAUAUUUACAUACGAUAUCUAUUAAAACCUUGACUAUAUGAUAUCUAUAUAAAAACCCUUUUCUAUACGUAUUUUAUAAAAAUUUACUUAAAGAUUUAUAUAAACCUUUUCUUAAAAAUUAUAUAAACCUUUAUAUACGAUAUUAUAUAAAAACCUUUUUAAAGCUGAUAUCUGUAUAAAACCUUUUCUAGACGAUAUCUAUAUAAAACCUUUUCUAUACUGAUAUCUAUAAAAACCUUUACUAUACUGAUAUCUAUAUAACCUUUACUAUGCUGAUAUCUAUAUAAAACCUUUACUGACGAUAUCUAUAUAAAACCUUUACUAUACUGAUAUCUAUGUAAACCUUUACUAUACUGUUUUAUUAUAAACCUUUACUAUACUGAUAUCUAUAUAAAACCUUUACGUAUAAAACUAUAUCUAUAUAAAACCUUUACUAUACUGAUAUCUAUAUAAACCUUUACUAUACUGAUAUCUAUAUAAAACCUUUACUAUACCUGUAUAUCUAUAUAAAACCUUUACUAUACUGAUAUCUAUAUAAAACCUUUACUAUACUGAUAUCUAUAUAAAACCUUUACUAUACUGAUAUCUAUAUAAAACCUUUACUAUACUGAUAUCUAUAUAAAACCUUUACUAUACUGAUAUCUAUAUAAAACCUUUACUAUGCUGAUAUCUAUAUAAAACCUUUACUAUGCUGAUAUCUGUAUAAAUCCUUUACUAUACUGAUAUCUAUAUAAAACCUUUACUAUACGGAUAUCUAUAUAAAACCUUUACUAUACUGAUAUCUGUAUAAAUCCUUUACUAUACUGAUAUCUAUAUAAAACCUUUACUAUACUGAUAUCUAUAUAAAACCUUUACUAUGCUGAUAUCUAUAUAAAACCUUUACUAUGCUGAUAUCUAUAUAAAACCUUUACUAUACUGAUAUCUAUAUAAAACCUUUACUAUACUGAUAUCUAUAUAAAACCUUUACUAUACUGAUAUCUGUAUAAAUCCUUUACUAUACUGAUAUAUAUGUAAAACCUUUACUAUACUGAUAUCUGUAUAAAACCUUUACUAUACUGAUAUCUGUAUAAAUCCUUUACUAUACUGAUAUAUAUAUAAAACCUUUACUAUACUGAUAUCUAUAUAAAACCUUUACUAUACUGAUAUCUAUAUAAAACCUUUACUAUGCUGAUAUCUAUAUAAAACCUUUACUAUGCUGAUAUAUAUGUAAAACCUUUACUAUACUGAUAUCUAUAUAAAACCUUUACUAUACUGAUAUCUAUAUAAAACCUUUACUAUACUGAUAUCUAUAUAAAACCUUUACUAUACUGAUAUCUAUAUAAAACCUUUACUAUACUGAUAUCUAUAUAAAACCUUUACUAUACUGAUAUCUAUAUAAAACCUUUACUAUGCUGAUAUCUAUAUAAAACCUUUACUAUACUGAUAUCUAUAUAAAACCUUUACUAUACUGAUAUCUAUAUAAAACCUUUACUAUACUGAUAUCUAUAUAAAACCUUGACUAUACUGAUAUCUAUAUAAAACCUUGACUAUACUGAUAUCUAUAUAAAACCUUUACUAUACUGAUAUCUAUGUAAAACCUUUACUAGACUGAUAUCUAUAUAAAACCUUUACUAUACUGAUAUCUAUAUAAAACCUUUACUAUACUGUUAUCUAUAUAAAACCUUUACUAUACUGAUAUCUAUAUAAAACCUUUACUAGACUGAUAUCUAUAUAAAACCUUUACUAUACUGAUAUCUAUAUAAAACCUUUACUAGACUGAUAUCUAUAUAAAACCUUUACUGAGGGUGUAUUUAGCUAAAUCAUUCCACUUAAAUACCUGUAUUUACAUCCUGUCUCCUCUUUGUGAGAGCAGUAUGGGGAAUCUGCUGUCACCUGUCCACUCCCUGUUUAAACAGUGGAGACUGAUCAAGUGGGGAAUCUGCUGUCAGCUGUCCACUCCGUGUUUAAACAGUGGAGACUGAUCAAGUGGGGAAUCUGCUGUCACCUGUCCACUCCCUGUUUAAACAGUGGAGACUGAUCAAGUGGGGAAUCUGCGGUCACCUGUCCACUCCCUGUUUAAACAGUGGAGACUGAUCAAGUGGGGAAUCUGCUGUCACCUGUCCACUCCCUGUUUAAACAGUGGAGACUGAUCAAGUGGGGAAUCUGCUGUCAGCUGUCCACUCCGUGUUUAAACAGUGGAGACUGAUCAAGUGGGGAAUCUGCUGUCACCUGUCCACUCCCUGUUUAAACAGUGGAGACUGAUCAAGUGGGAAAUCUGCGGUCACCUGUCCACUCCCUGUUUAAACAGUGGAGACUGAUCAAGUGGGGAAUCUGCUGUCACCUGUCCACUCCCUGUUUAAACAGUGGAGACUGAUCAAGUGGGGAAUCUGCGGUCACCUGUCCACUCCCUGUUUAAACAGUGGAGACUGAUCAAGGGAAGGAAGCAAGGAGAGGAAAUCAAUGUUAGUCGAUUGAAAGGUAACCCAGACUGUUCCCCUGUUUCACUGUCUCUCUGUCUCCCUCUACAGGGCUAUGAUCAGAGCAUCUCCAAGGCAGAAGCCGUGAUCAGGUUUGCCUUCCAGGCCUCCAUCACAGUGCUGUGUAUCGCCUGCCCCUGCUCUCUGGGCCUGGCGACCCCGACAGCAGUGAUGGUGGGCACGGGGGUGGGCGCUCAGAACGGCAUCCUCAUCAAGGGAGGGGAACCACUAGAGAUGGCACACAAGGUGAGUGUGAAGAAGAUUCUAUCAACCAAUCAAUAGUCGGUCACUAAUUAUAUCAUAUUGAUAGUAAAAAUCAUUAGUAACGUUUGAUAUGUUAUGCCUCAUGUUUGUAGUCAGAAUCUGAUUAACUGUGACUGUUGCAGUAACUUGGUGUAUGUUAUUAGAUUGUCUGAGAAUAGCUAUACAAUUGCUUCCCUUAUUCCUAACUUGUUACAAAAACGGUCUAAUUUUGCAGAUCCAGACAGUGGUGUUUGAUAAGACUGGGACCAUCACCUACGGAGCUCCUAAAGUUAUCCAGCUGAAGAUUUUAGUGGAGGGGAACAGGAUGCCUCGCUCCCGCCUGCUGGCCAUUGUAGGGACUGCAGAGAACAACAGUGAACACCCACUGGGAGCUGCUAUCACCAAGUACUGUAAACAGGUGAGUCUGAUUCCAUCACCAAGUACUGUAAACAGGUGAGUCUGAUUCCAUCACCAAGUACUGUAAACAGGUGAGUCUGAUUCCAUCACCUAGUACUGUAAACAGGUGAGUCUGAUUCCAUCACCUAGUACUGUAAAGAGGUGAGUCUGAUUCCAUCACCAAGUACUGUAAACAGGUGAGUCUGAUUCCAUCACCUAGUACUGUAAACAGGUGAGUCUGAUUCCAUCACCAAGUACUGUAAACAGGUGAGUCUGAUUCCAUCACCAAGUACUGUAAACAGGUGAGUCUGAUUCCAUCACCUAGUACUGUAAACAGGUGAGUCUGAUUCCAUCACCAAGUACUGUAAACAGGUGAGUCUGAUCCAUCACCUAGUACUGUAAACAGGUGAGUCUGAUUCCAUCACCUAGUACUGUAAACGGGUGAGUCUGAUUCCAUCAUCUAGUACUGUAAACAGGUGAGUCUGAUUCCAUCACCAAGUACUGUAAACAGGUGAGUCUGAUUCCAUCACCAAGUACUGUAAAGAGGUGAGUCUGAUUCCAUCACCUAGUACUGUAAACAGGUGAGUCUGAUUCCAUCACCAAGUACUGUAAACAGGUGAGUCUGAUUCCAUCACCUAGUACUGUAAACAGGUGAGUCUGAUUCCAUCACCAAGUACUGUAAACAGGUGAGUCUGAUUCCAUCACCAAGUACUGUAAACAGGUGAGUCUGAUUCCAUCACCAAGUACUGUAAACAGGUGAGUCUGAUUCCAUCACCAAGUACUGUAAAGAGGUGAGUCUGAUUCCAUCACCUAGUACUGUAAACAGGUGAGUCUGAUUCCAUCACCAAGUACUGUAAACAGGUGAGUCUGAUUCCAUCACCUAGUACUGUAAACAGGUGAGUCUAAUUCCAUCACCAAGUACUGUAAACAGGUGAGUCUGAUUCCAUCACCUAGUACUGUAAACAGGUGAGUCUGAUUCCAUCACCUAGUACUGUAAAGAGGUGAGUCUGAUUCCAUCACCUAGUACUGUAAACGGGUGAGUCUGAUUCCAUCACCUAGUACUGUAAACAGGUGAGUCUGAUUCCAUCACCAAGUACUGUAAACAGGUGAGUCCAGCUGAACCUCAGUCCUAAAGCUGACAGGGAGGAGACUGGUUGUGAGUCUUUGUGAGUUGAUCAUUCCCAGUGUCUGGAUGACCUCCAGAAUAUUUUUGGCCCUGUAUGUCAUUGUGGGUCCAGAUAAAGUGUACUAAUCUGUCUCUCGGUCUCAGGAGCUGGGUACAGAGUCCCUGGGUGGGUGUACUGACUUCCAGGCAGUACCAGGCUGUGGUAUACGAUGCCAGGUCAGUAACACCGAGACCCUGCUGAGACAUCAUCAUGAGGACAGUGACGACAACAACCAGAGAAACAGUAUUCUGGUCCAGAUCAGUGACUCCAGGACCAGGCCAGGCUCACACCCACUCAUCAUGGACCCCCAGCCUCUCAGUACGUACUUGGAUAAGUGGUCUAAAAUAGGGCAGCUAUUUUACUAUUUUAAUGUAUUUAUUUUUACCCCUUUUUCUCCCCAAUUGGUAGUUACGGUCUUGUCCCAUCGCUGUAACUCUCGUAUGGACUCAGGAGAUGCGAAGGUCGAGAGCCAUGCGUCCUCCGAAACACGAUUCUGCCAAGCCGCACUGCUUCUUGACACACUGCUCGCUUAACCCGGAAGUCAGCCGCACCAAUGUGUCGGAGGAAACACCGUACAACUGGCGACCGUGUCAGCGUGCAUGUGCCCGGCCCGCCACAGGAGUCGCUAGAGCGCGAUGGGACAAGGACAUCCCAGCCGGCCAAACCCUCCCCUAACCCGGACGACGCUGGGCCAAUUGUGCGCCGCCUCAUGGGUCUCCCGGUCGCCACACAGCCCGGGAUCGAACCCGGGUCUGUAGUGACGCCUCAAGCACUGCGAUGCAGUGCCUUAGACCGCUGCGCCGCUCGGAGGGCCUUUAUUAUUAAUUUUUGAAGUGGAAUGAAAACACAACCCUGAGUUACCCCUUAUUGUCAAUUAUUAUUCAACGUAAGGCCUAAAGAUUCCCCAGUGUUUCCACUGCAUCCAUCAAAUGCAUGCUAUACAUUCUGCCUACAUUCUAGGCUACGUUCUAGUCUAACCCCUAUUCCCCUCUGUUCCUAAAUAGCCCUGGUGCAGACAGCGUCCUAUGUGGUGUUGAUGGGGAACCAGUAACCUCUCUGUCUGUUCCUCUGUCUGCACCAGGGCUAUAGCGUCCUAUGUGGUGUUGAUGGGGAACCAGGAACCUCUCUGUCUGUUCCUCUGUCUGCACCAGGGCUAUAGCGUCCUAUGUGGUGUUGAUGGGGAACCAGGAACCUCUCUGUCUGUUCCUCUGUCUGCACCAGGGCUAUAGCGUCCUAUGUGGUGUUGAUGGGGAACCAGUAACCUCUCUGUCUGUUCCUCUGUCUGCACCAGGGCUAUAGCGUCCUAUGUGGUGUUGAUGGGGAACCAGUAACCUCUCUGUCUGUUCCUCUGUCUGCACCAGGGCUAUAGCGUCCUAUGUGGUGUUGAUGGGGAACCAGUAACCUCUCUGUCUGUUCCUCUGUCUGCACCAGGGCUAUAGCGUCCUAUGUGGUGUUGAUAGGGAACCAGUAACCUCUCUGUCUGUUCCUCUAUAGCCCUGGUACAGACAGCGUCCUAUGUGGUGUUGAUAGGGAACAGGGAGUGGAUGAGGAGGAACGGACUCCAGAUCAGACCUGAUGUAGACGAGACCAUGACUGAACAUGAACGCAGGGGACGCACUGCUGUACUGGUGGCUGUCGACGGUGAGUUGUGUGUGUGUGUGUGUGUGUGUGUGUGUGUGUGUGGGAUGCACAAUAAGUACUCUGACAGUGGCUCCCAAUUUUCUAUUAUCCAUGACCCCGAGGCACUUCUACAUCUAAAAAGAUUGGAUGGGUAUUAAAAAAAUGCUAAUAGCUCUGAGUAGCCUUCUAAUAUCAACACUAGCAUAACACUUAGAAUGUAUUCCCAAUAUACUGCUUCAUUCUACAUGGAAUGCUAGUAUGGAUAUUGGAGCAUAGCCAUUUAAUCCAUUGUGUUGCUGAGUCUAUAACCUCUCUCUCUCAAUUUAAUGUAAUUUAAGGGCUUUAUUGGCAUGGGAAACGUGUGUUAACAUUGCCAAAGCAAGUGAAGUAGAUGUGCAAAUAGUUAAAGUACAAAUGGGAAAAUAAAUAAACAUAAAUAUGGGUUGUAUUUACAAUGGUGUUUGUUCUUCACUGGUUGCCCUUUUCUUGUGGCAACAGGUCUAAUUCUUUGUGGAUCGCUGUAAUCUGAGGGAAAUAUGUGUCUCUAAUAUGGUCAUACAUUUGGCAGGAGGUUAGGAAGUGCAACUCAGUUUCCACCUCAUUUUGUGGGCAGUGUGCACAUAGCCUGUCUUCUCUUCAGAGCCAGGUCUGCCUACGUCGGCCUUUCUCAAUAGCAAGGCUAUGCUCACUGAGUCUGUACAUAAUCAAAGCUUUCCUUAAGUUUGGGUUAGUCACAGUGGUCAGUUAUUCUGCCACUGUGUACUCUCUGUUUAGGGCCAAAUAGCAUUCUAGUUUGCUCUGUUUUUUUGUUUGUUCUUUCCAAUGUGUCAAGUAAUUAUAUUUUUGUUUUCUCAUGAUUUGGUUGGGUCUAAUUGUGUUGUUGUCCUGGGGCUCUGUGGGCUCUGUUUGUGUUUGUGAAGAGAGCCCCAGGACCAGCUUGCUUAGGGGACUCUUCUCCAAGUUCAUCUCUCUGUAGGUGAUGGCUUUGUUAUGAAAGGUUUGGGAAUCGCUUCCUUUUAGGUGGUUAUAGAAUUUAACAGCUGUUUUCUGGAUUUUGAUAAUUAGCGGUGAUCGGCCUAAUUCUGCUCUGCGUGCAUUAUUUGGUGUUUUACGUUGUACACUGAGGAUGAUUUUGUCUCUCUCUCUCUCUCACCACCCUCUCCCUCUCUCUCUCUCUAACCACUCUCUCUCUCACCUCCCUCUAUCUCUCUCUCACCACCCUCUUCCUCUCUCUCUCUCUCUCUCUCUCUCCUCUCUCAAUCUCUCUCACCACCCUCUCUCUCUCACCACCCUCUCCUUCUGUCUCUCACCUCCCCCUCUCUCCUACCACUAUCUCUCUCACUACCCUCUCUCACCACCCACGUCUCUCUCGCCUACCACUCUCCUUCUCUCACGACACUACCCUCUCCCGCUCUCCUCCACCCCUGUCUCUCUCUCACCACCCUCUCUCGUCUCUCUCUCUCUCUCCACUCCACCACCCUCUCCCUUUCUCUCUCUCUUUCUCUCUCCUCUCACCCCCACCUCUCUCUCUCUCUCUCUCACCACCCUUUCUCUCACCACCCUCGCUCUCUCUCACCACCCUCUCUUUCUCUAUCUCUCUCAUCUCUCACCACUCUGUCUCUCUCUGUCUGUCUCUCACCACCCUCUCCCUCUGUCUCUCUCUCUCCACCCCCUCUCUCUCACCACCACUCUCUCUCUCUCUCACCACCCACUCUCUCUCUCCUACCACUCUCUCUCUCUCUCUCUCUCUCUUUCUCUCACUACCCUCUCCCGCUCUCUCACCACCCUCUGUCUCUCUCUCACCACCCUCUCUCACCACCCUCUCUCUAUCUCUGUCUCUCACCACCCUUUCUCUCACCACCCUCGCUCUCUCUCACCACCAUCUCUUUCUCUCUCAUCUCUCACCACCCUCUCCCUCUGUCUCUCUCUCUCCACCCCCUCUCUCUCACCACCCCUCUCUCUCUCUCACCACCCCUCUCUCUCUCACCACCACCCCUGUCUCUCCCUCUCUCUCCCUCUGUCUCUCCUGCUCUCUACCUCUGUCUCUCUGUCUGUCUCUCCCUCUGUCUCUCUCCCUCUGUCUCUCUCCCUCUGUCACCCUCUCCUUCUCUCUCUGUGUAGGUCUGCUUUGUGCGAUGAUAGCCAUAGCAGACACAGUGAAGCCAGAGGCAGAGUUGGUGGUUCACACCCUGCAGGCCAUGGGUCUGGAAGUGAUUCUGAUGACUGGAGACAACAGCAGGACGGCACAGGCCAUCGCUGCUCAGGUACGGGACAGGACUGGAUUGGCUAGGUGGUCUUCAUAAGGUCUGGGGAUCCAUGUACACAUUUCAUCUUCCCAACUCAGGUUAUUCAAGCCAUCAAAGAGCUGUGUUUAGGAGACUACAUAGACUACUACAUGCAAAUAUAAUGGCUUGGGAUUUUGAUGAAUGAAUGCACUGAACCAGAACAUUAUUUGCAGAUGAAAAGGAAUGUCGUUUUGUAAGUCACUCUGGAUAAGAGCGUCUGCUAAAGAACCCACAUGUAGUUUUAUAGUGGCUUUGUGAACUGUAAUUUAGCUGUCUCUGUCUCUCCUCCAGGUGGGUAUCAGGAAGGUGUUUGCGGAGGUGCUGCCAUCCCACAAGGUUGCCAUGGUAGAGCAGCUGCAGCAGGCAGGGAAGAGGGUGGCCAUGGUGGGUGACGGGGUCAACGACUCGCCCGCUCUGGCCAUGGCAGAUGUUGGCAUCGCCAUAGGAACGGGCACUGACGUGGCCAUAGAGGCAGCUGAUGUG